UUAAUGUCGGUGAUGACCAAAUGACCGGGAUGAGCAGCACUCUGAACUACUGUAAGAAAGUCUUUUCUGCUGCAGAACAAAGAAAUUCUCUCACAACUUUCCAUCUCAUAGAGAAGAACCUGACUCAGUCUGAAGCUCGAGCAGCUUGUAGAGAGAACUACACUGAUCUGGUCACUGUGUAUAAUGAUGAAAACAUCACUGCACUGAUCAGACUGACUGGUAUCGGCUCUGCAUGGACCGGUCUGUACAGGAACCAGUCCAGUGUAAAAUGGUCUAAUGGUGAUAACGUUACAUUCAGCAAUCUGGAGACUGGAGACUGUGGCUCAUGGCCCUGCUGUUCUGUUAUGAAGGCUGGUGGUUCAUGGGAAAAUCUUCAGUGUACAGAGACAAGAAACUUCAUGUGUUACAAACAAGAUCAGACUAACCCCAGUUAUUAUCUGAUCACUGAUCAGUUUCUGACCUGGUAUGAAGCUCAGAGUUACUGCAGGAAGAACUACACUGAUCUGGUCAGCAUCAGAGAUCAGGAGCAGAAUGAAGCAGUGAAGAAAGAAGGGACGAAGACAAAAGAUCCCUUCUGGAUUGGUCUGCUGUAUGAUGACUGGCAGUGGGCUGAUGGAAAAAGAUCUCUUUACAGAAACUGGUGGGACGAUCACCCUAAACCUUCUCCAGCAGACUGUGUGAAACUGGUAUCAGGAAAAAUGUAUUCAGUACCGUGCAGUAAUACUGGAUCUGCUCUGUGCUACAGCAUGCAUGUUAGUGAUGUUAGUGAACAAGUCCAUGUUAGUGAUGACACCAUGAGCUGGGAGAACACUCUGGACUACUGUAAGAAAGAUAACAGGGAUGGACUUCUGCGCAUCGAGUCUGAUCUGGAGCAGGAACAGCUGGAGUCUGAGCUCAGGAGGAGGGGUGUCUCUGGGCCGAUGUGGGUGGGGCUUGGACAGAAGCGAAUCACUGAGCUGCUGAAGUUGUCUAGUAGACUGUCUUUGGGUCCCUGGACCAAAUGGUCUGGAGAGCGCCCACCGCCUUCCAGCUGUGGUGCCCCGAACCCUGUGGAGAAAUCAUUCAGUGUGAAGACGAGCGUCUCUAAACUCAGAGCCGUCUGUCGACUUAAACGAACUUAACAGUUUAGUGUUUCUCUGACUCUUCGAUUUCUUUCAGGAAGAGCUUCAUCAUUAUAAACGCUCAUCCUAAUCAAGCAGUCGAGCAGAUAAACACUAAAAUGUACAGAAAUUCUUCAUUUAUACACCGUGUUUCAAAAUGUUAUGCAAGUGAUAUUUCACUCCGAUUUUUACUAAAUGGUCAAUGUAAAUAACAGUAAAUAUAAUUUUAAUUCAUGACCCAUUAAGUUUAAUCCAAUUUUAUAUUUUUCAUAUCUUGCAAUGGCACUGCAAUAUUUCAUGCUUUUCAGCAACAGAGAGAUCCCUUUUCUUUCCCAUGUUGCUUGAAACCUGUGGCCUGCUAAAUAAUGUGGAACAGUGCGUUUUGAGUUUUUUUUUUAAUUACUAUAAUUGGGAGGUUUGUUUAAUAAAAUUGGAUUGAUACUUAACAGGUCAUGACUUAGAAAUAAUACUGACUGUCACUUGCUACACACUUCAGUUACUGUAUAUAUUUUUUACAAUGCUUAAACUUUCUUUACCUAUAAGGUUUCGGUACAAAGGGUGAUUUUUAUAAAGUAAUAUUUCUACUGCAUUUCUAUUCCAUAUUUUAUUUGAGAGGAAAUCUUGUAAUGUGUUGCUGU